AUGACAGAAAUCACAAAAACUUUGAACAAAUGUGAACGACCACAGAAUUCGAAGAUUGAUAUCAGUUUUUGUGAACUUUCUAUGGAAGAUGAGUCCAAUCUACAGGAUCUCAUUGAUGAGUGCUCGAGUCUGAAAAUUGCAAACACUUUUUCGAAAUCGAGAUUUUCAAGGAUUUUUGAGAAACCAAAGAAUCGUCUGGAAAAGUUAGAAUUGAUCUGUGUUGAUUUUCGAGAUGAAUCCCAGAUUAUCAGCAUUUUUAAAAGUUGUCAAAGCCUGAAGACUCUGAAUUUAUCUGGGAUUCGAGUGGCUUCUACACUUCCCCAUCUUGUAAACUUGGAUCUCAGCUUCAAUUCGUCGUGGAUUUCUGAACAGAAUUGGAAUCAAUUGCUGAAAGGAUUAGAGAAAUUAGAGGAGUUGGCGAUGAAUGAGACCAAGUGUGAUGUGCAAUUUGAGUCCGACUGGCUCCCCCACCUCUCCAUAUUUUCCGCCCGUGGGUCAGAUCUUCACUGGGAUUCAAUAUUCGAAAUGCUCUCCGUAUCCGACAGAAUCACCCGAGUCGAUGUCCGUUUCUCCACGAUUGAUUCAAGUCUUCCGGAAGAAUUACAAAAAGGAAAUCUUCGAAUUGGCGAUAUAUUGUAUUAA